CUAAGCUCAGCGCCUUUGUCGACUCCAUGAUAACUCUCAUUCCAGGCGCCCCCAUCACCUGUUUUUAGAUAGUACUCCGGAUUGUUUUGUUUUGAGUUUUUUUUUUUUUAAUUAAAGUUGUCCUCAUAAAAAGACACCAAGCCGACAAUUUUGCUGCUUUUGCUCGAACUUUUUCCCCUUCCCUGGAGUGUUAUGAUUGGAUUUUUCUGAGUGUCGAUCGUCCCCCGCCGCAAAGCUGAAGUUCAUCGUGAUCAUCUUGGCCGCCGGCAUGGUGGCCUUCAUCGGCGCCGUUAUCUGCAUCAUCGCGGCCGUCCACACCGGCACCACGAAGGCGGCGCGGUUUCAAUCGGCGGCCGACAACCGCUCCGUGUAUCCGGCCGGCGCCACUCAGCCCCCGGCCAGCAGAGGCUCGGCGCACCGGGCCGGAUCACUGGGCGCUCUCCAUGGUUCUGAAGUGCCCAAAUCCGAGGCGCCCACCUUCCAUGGCGGACUCGGCGUCACCGGACUAACCGGGCACGACCCGGCCGUCAGUCGACUCAUAUGCACGCCGAUCCCGGCCGGAGAGUGCGACCCGAAAAACUUUCAGCAACAAGCGGACGGCCCCUCGCUGUACGCCGGGGAGGACUGGGGCUACCUCCGCACCACCGCCGACGAGCUCCGGCAGACCGUCCGCCAGCAGAAGGAGCAAAUACAAACGGACCAGAGGACCAUCAAGGAUCUCAUCGGCAAACUAUCCGAGUGCGAGGAGGGCACGAAGGGUCGGGCCGACAGACGCGGGGGCGCAGUGGGCUUAUGGAGCGGCAAGAGCCCGGUGAUGGUGCGGGACAGCCCGGCGUCCGCACCCGACCACAUGCUCACAGCCCGGGCUGUGGACGAGCUGGAGCAGGCGAUCAGUCAGCUCAAAGACCGCAUAGAGCGACUGGAGGCGGACAUCAACCUGUUUCCUCACAACCAGACUGACGUCACCACCUCAGCAGUGGUGGAGGACGGAGGGAAGUCUGGAGGCCCGGAGAGGCUAUCCGACCCUCGACACAACGCUGGCUCCAACAGGCGGUGGAGGAUGGACGACUUGGAGGGGGAGCUUGAAAGGAAGGUGGAGCUGUUGGAGAAAGAGAGAAAAGCCUUGAGGCUUGAAACUGAACGACACAGGCAGGAAAUGGACCGGGGAAUCAGUGAGCUCUACCAUCGGAUCUCAGGACUGGAGGAAGCGAGUUCCUUCCCAGAGGGCUUCAGGCUGUCUUUCCCGUCGCGUACAAACUACAUGUACGCCGUGGUGAAACAGUCGGUCCCGAAGUUGGGGGCCUUCAGCAUCUGCCUGUGGCUCCGACCGACAGAAGUAGGCAUCGGGACUCCGCUGUCGUACGGCGUUCCCGAGCAACUCAACGAACUGGCGCUGCUGCAAGGCCUGCACACGCCGAUGGAGCUGCUCAUCAACGACAAGGUGGCACGGUUACCUCUGAACCUUUCCAGAGGCAGCUGGCAGCACAUUUGUGUGACCUGGAGUCAGAAAGGAGGAGACUGGCAGGCCUACCAAGGUGGGAAGCUGAGGGGAGAAGGCCGUGGACUGGCAGCUGGACACGACAUUAGACCAGGAGGAGUUUUAAUCCUGGGCCAGGAGCAGGAUUCCCUCGGCGGAGGCUUUGACUCAACUCAAGCUUUGGUCGGAGAGUUGUCCCAGAUGGGUCUCUGGGACCGAGUCCUAUCGACCGGCCAGGUGGCCAGCUUGGCUCGCUGUGGGAUGGUAACCCAGGGCAGCGUGGUUCCUUGGACGGAGCGUGGGAUGGAGGUUUACGGCGGAGCCACCAAGUACGCGGGGGAGCCUUGUAGUAAACACAGCCGCAGCUCAAAGUGACAGAUGGAGAGUUUGAGGAAAAAGGAGAGGGCGGCGGGACGGAAAGUUGCACACAAAAGAAUUUGACGACAAAUCUUUUUUAAAGCUAGUCUAUGCGGCAUGAGUAGGGAUAGGGAGACAAAGUCUUUAGACCAGUAGGAAGUGAAAUACAGGCUCCUCUUUGCAGCUAGUACUGUCACUUUACUGCCAAAAACCAUCCCAAUAAUAAUCUCAUAUUUUACUCCACAUAGGGCCUGAUCUACUAAAAAUUAGCGUGUAUCAGAACACAUGCAAACUUGAUAGCGCACACAAAGUCCAAGGAUUGCAUCUCAAUAGAAAGUGCAAUCCAUUUAAUGUUUGUCUCUGUGUACACUGCAAAAAGUCAGUGUUCAAAAACAAGGGAAAAAAACACAAAAAUGAGGGGUUUUUUACUUGAACUAAGCAAAAUUAUCU